AUGUCGCCUACUCCAUGUGUAUGGAAGCAUGCUGCACGAGCUUCAACGUCGCUCACGCGGCUGCCGUCGCAACACCCAACUAUUACAUGGCGUGCGAGCUCCUCUAGCUCUGCAGGUGAUAAGCGGAGACCAAGAGACUCUUUGCUGCGCCGGAAUCUCGCGCCGCUCUCGCCACCGACGCCACCGCCUAGCAAAACUAAGUACAGCCCGCUCACAGUGGCCCUUGUCAAGGGAACGGGGCGCUUGCUUGGCUACAACUUUGUGCGCAGCAAAGCCAUCAAAGUGACGGGUGAUUUGUACGACCGAGCAGCGAUGCGCGCACAGGCGGAAGCUCACUUCUGGUAUAAGGAGUGUGCAUUACCAGCAUCGUUCCAAACAUGGUUUCAACUGACGAAUCUGCAUGUGUUUCUCCUGCUGAGUCGAAUCCGCGCGCUUCCAUCCCAGGAGGCCAAAACGUAUUCGCAGGAGUUGAUCAACCACUUUUUCAUAGAUACCGAGUCUCGGAUGAGAGAACGCUUUGGUGUUCAGACGUCACGCCUGGUGAAGGGGUACAUGAAAGACCUGCACCUGCAACACCGUGGAUCUACUGUUGCAUACGAAGAAGGACUGGCAACGGAUGAUAUUCGAUUGUCGGCAGCCAUUUGGCGAAAUGUGUGGGGUGGUGGCUGGGGCGUCAUUGGCGGUGUCAAGCGCAAGGCGCCGAGCUUGAGCACAAAGAAGUCACAACACAACACCUUGCAAGCCAGUGGCCGCCAACCGAGCAAUGAGACCGAUAAGGACGGAAAAGUAGUGGCGGACAACCAAGCUCACAGCGAUCAUGAAGAUGCUGUACCUGACUAUACCGUGGAUCAAGAUGCCCUGAUGGCCCAAGACAAGACAGAUGGACAACGCGAAGCGCGUGCAGAAUUGUUAUUUCCUCAGCAUCUAGAGCGGGUGACUCGCUGGCUCCGUCGCGAAGUGUACCGACUGGGGCACUUACCAGACGAGACCGUGAUGGAUGGCGAUGUGCAUGCGCCGCGAGCCGUUGUAGAAGAUGUCGUGGGCCCUCCAUCGGCCUCGACGACCGCGGCCAUGUCAGCGACAAGCUCCUCGCAGUCUGAAGGUGGCGUACAAACGAUCGUGUCUGCCUAUACACGUAUCUAG